AUGGGGAAAGGGUUCUUCAUUAGCAAAGGCGUUGGGGUAGUUUGUAUCAUCCUUGGAGCUGGAGCAGUGGCCACUAUAAUAGCUCUGAGUGUGGUUUACUCCCAGGAAAAGGCUAAAAAUAACAAUGAAGUAUCCCCAACUAAUGGAGGAACUACACCCAAGCCCACUACCACGACUGCCGCCCCAUCCAACAAUCCUUGGGACAAAUAUCGGCUGCCCAAGAACCUGAUUCCAGACCACUAUAACGUCUCACUGUGGCCUCGUCUUACUGCAAAUGAAAGAGAUGGACUCUUUUUCUUUACAGGUGAUUCCAGUGUAGAGUUCAAGUGUGCUGAAGAGACAAAUCUGAUUCUCAUCCACUCCAAUAAGCUGAACUACACCAAAUAUGAAAAUAACCACUUAGCGAUGCUCGUCUCAGUGGACGGUGGAAGCAAAGCACCAUCAAUAGUGUCCUCCUGGCUCCAGACAGAGACUCAGUACUUGGUCCUGGAGCUGGACGGUAAACUGACGAAGGACCACAUGUACCGGCUCCACACAAAAUUCACCGGAGAGCUGGCUGACGACCUUGGAGGCUUCUACAGAAGUGAAUACAUGGAAGAUGGCGUGAAAAAGUUUUUGGCCACAACUCAGAUGCAGCCAACAGACGCCAGGAAGGUUUUCCCUUGUUUUGACGAGCCAGCUAUGAAAGCCGUUUUCCACAUUACUCUGAUACAUGACAGUGGAACUGUGGCACUGUCUAAUGGCGAAGAAAAAGAAACAAGCAACGUUGUCAUCGAUGGUCAGUCUGUGCUACAGACGGUUUUUGAACCAACUGAGAAAAUGUCCACCUACCUGUUGGCGUUUAUUGUCAGUGAAUUUGCCAACAUCAGCAACACAAUUGGUGGUGUUGAGAUCCGAAUCUUUGCUCGCAAGUCUGCUAUUGCCGCGGGCCAAGGAGCGUAUGCCCUUAACAAAACUGGACCCAUCUUGAAGUUUUUUGAACAGUAUUACAAUUCCAGCUACCCUCUGCCCAAGUCUGAUCAGAUAGCCCUGCCAGACUUUAACGCUGGAGCCAUGGAGAACUGGGGUCUGAUCACCUACAGAGAGACAGCGCUGCUUUAUGAUGAACAUUUCUCUUCCAACUCCAACAAAGAGAGGAUAGCUGCUAUCAUCUCCCAUGAGCUGGCUCACAUGUGGUUUGGGAAUCUAGUGACCCUGAGGUGGUGGAAUGACUUGUGGCUGAAUGAAGGUUUUGCCUCCUACGUUGAGUACCUUGGAGCACAUGAAGCUGAAGAGCAAUGGGGUGUGAAAGAUCUCAUUGUGCUCAGUGACAUACACAGGGUGUUUGCUAUUGACGCAUUGGCCUCUUCUCAUCCUUUGUCCUCCAAAGAAGAAGAUAUCCAGAAACCAGCACAAAUCAAUGAGCUGUUUGACGCCAUUUCAUACAGCAAGGGAGCAUCUGUUCUGAGGAUGUUGUCAGACUUCCUGUCUGAAGAAGUGUUCACAAUGGGACUCAGGACCUACUUGGCAGAAUUUGCGUUUGGAAAUGCCGUCUACACAGACCUGUGGAAGCAUCUGCAAAUGGCAAGUCUCAUUGCCGUCGAUGCCAGCCACACCAAUCUUCCUGACACAGUCCAUAACAUUAUGAACACAUGGGUGCUGCAGAUGGGCUUCCCUGUGGUUACAGUAAACACAGCAAAUGGACUUGUGUCCCAGGAGCAUUUUCUCCUGGAUCCAGACUCUGAAAUUACCACUCCUUCUCCCUAUAACUAUGAAUGGAUUGUCCCUAUCAAGUGGAUGAAGACUGAGUUCUCCCAAACUUCAAAAUGGUUAACUGAAAAAACAGCCACAGUACCGGAAAUGAAGACAACAGGCUCUGAGUGGGUACUGGCCAACCUCAAUGUGGUGGGAUACUACAGAGUCAACUAUGACCAAGGGAACUGGGACCGUCUGUUGGAUGCUCUGGAUGCCAAUCAUAGUGCUAUUCCAGUAAUCAACAGAGCACAGUUAGUGGAUGACGCCUUCAAUUUGGCCAGGGCGAAGAUCAUUCCCACGGUGUUGGCGCUUAAAACCACCAAGUAUCUGAAUAAUGAGACGGAAUAUAUGCCCUGGGAGUCAGCCCUCAACAACCUGGACUUCUUCUACCUCAUGUUUGACCGUAGCGAGGUUUACGGCCCCAUGCAGGACUAUUUGAAGAAGCAGGUUAUUCCUUUGUUUAAUUAUUAUAAGAUGCUGACAGGACAAUGGACAAAAGUACCAGACGGACACAUGGACCAGUACAAUCAGGUGAAUGCCAUCAGUCUGGCUUGCAGGACAGGCCUUGAGGAAUGCCAAAAUCAGACCAAGAAAUGGUUCAAGCAAUGGAUGGAUUCUGGAAUCAACCCGAUACACCCCAACCUGCGUUCCACCGUGUACUGCAAUGGCAUUGCAGCAGGGGGCGCUAAAGAGUGGGAUUUUGCUUGGUCAGAAUUUCAGAAUGCCACCAUUGCUAUUGAAGCUGACAAACUCCGCGCUGCUCUGGCCUGCACAAAGCAGCCUUGGCUGCUCAAUAGGUACCUCGAGUACACACUGGAUCCCAGCAAGAUCCGAAAGCAAGAUGCCACCUCCACCAUUGUCUACAUUGCCAACAAUGUGAUUGGUCAGUCUCUGGCUUGGGACUUUGUCAGAGCCCAUUGGUCAUACAUUUUUACUCAAUACGGCGGUGGAUCCUUCUCCUUCUCCAACCUCAUUAAUGGAGUCACCAAGCGCUUUUCCACAGAAUUUGAGCUCCAGCAGCUGAAGCAGUUCAAAGCAGAUAAUGCCGAGGUUGGUUUCGGCUCCGGGACUUUAGCAGUGGAUCAGUCCAUCGAGAGAACCAUUGCCAACAUUAAAUGGAUCGCAGAGAACAAGAACAGUGUCCUGAAAUGGUUCCAAGACGAAUCAAAACCCUUAUGA